AUGUGCGCACCCAUAUUUUUGACCUACCGCUGCGAGACCCACUUCGCCCUAAAUGGUUUUGACCAGCAGCGCGCACCGCGGAACAAUCGACUUUCGCUCGGUAUUGAGACUGCUGUCUUCAAGAGAAACACCACCAUCCCGACCAAGACCGGCCCGACCUUCACCACCUACUCUGACAACCGACCGGGAGUCUUGCUCCAGGUCUACGAGGGAGAGCGUGCCCUGACCAAGGACAACAACCUGCUCGGAAUGUUCGAGCUCUCUGGAAUCCCACCAGCGCCACGCGGAGUCCCACAAAUCGAGGUCACCUUCGACAUUGACGCCAACGGAAUCCACGUGCGCUUCGAGGAUCGUUAUACGAACCGUCAUCGUCCGUUCGCAAUCGGAGUCAUUUUGGAGAAGCUCUACUUCAAGGUACCGUAAACCUUUGUCUUUUACAGCUUGAAAUAUUCAAUUUCUGGUGCCUGAAACUAAUAAAACCGCUUCGAACAUUCAAGAAAAGUUAAAAAUUACAGACGACUAACGAGAACUGGAAGGAGACGAUCCACAAAGACGCAGUGAAGAUCAUCUACAAGCUGGUCUCGCUGCAGAAUCUGGCCGUCUACUGGAAGUCGUCGACCGAAUUCAUUUCGGACUUAGACGACAAAAAGCUGAUCCGGAAGAAGCUGCAAGCGACGAUCCACGACGGAAAAACGGCUCAAAUACAUUCUGGAGCCGAUUAUCCAUCUCGGACGACUGGCAAUCGGGUCUAUGAGUCCAAAUUUCAAACCGAUCGGAAUGUGUUGAGCGUCUGCAUCCGAAAUCGGAAAUCUUUCAAUUCCUUAUCACUCCUUUCCCGAAUCCUCUUGGCACUGUGCCAUGACUUUUCGAAAUCCCAAUCGCUCUUUCCGAUCGGAGUUCUUUGUUGGCGUCCUUAUCACUAAUCUCCGUCUGUAAUUAAGUUGGCUUCUUGGAAAUUUGCCGCAAAUUCACUUGAAGAUCACAUUCCCACACCUAAUUAAAGACGGAGAUUAGUGAUAAGAAUGGCGACAAAGAACUGUGAUGGGAAAGUAUGUCAUGGCACCGUACCAAGAGGAUUCGAAAAAGAGUGUUGAAGGAUUUUUGACACAAAGACACAAAAAAGCAUAGGAGAAACAGCUAUUAUUUUUAAAUUUCCAAUAUAGGAAAAUCUCCAUGACAGGCAGGCUCGUCUUAACUUUUAGAAAAUUUCUUUUUUCAGUUUACAGACAAUUUUUGUGGUUAUAAUUGAAUUCUUUUCAAAUUUCAGGACGUUCCAAACGCAGUUCCUUCUCUUUUUCAUUUUUUUUUCGAUUUUUCCGUUCAAAACACGGAAAAGAAUUCAAGAAAAUCGACACAGUCGUCAAAUGUGGCAAGUGCAGACUGCACAACUUCUCACUGCUACAGUAAUCGUUCGACCCGUGCUUUUCAAAAAUUUAAAUUUGCAUCGAUUUGAAAAGCUUUAAAAGGUCUCUCCUGUCCCGAUUUAUCGUUUUUCUUCAGAUUUUCGUUGCUUUUGAUUAUCAAUUUUGAUAUUUUCAGCAUCUUCCCCCGGUACGAUCGUCCUCUACGCAGCCAGCCGGACGUCGCUCUCUGAAAGACGCGGCGAACGAUCCGAUCCGACUCGCCGACAGCUACAGAGGAUCGGUGGCGCUGCGAAAUGUCUGGUUCGACAAGUUGGCCGAGCUCUACGAGCAGGAUCGCUGGUUUGCCGAGGCGUCGGGUCUUUCACUUUCUUCGUCACAUUCCAGACUACUAUCGGAUGCCAUCACACAAGAAAUUGUACUAGAAAAUAGGUGUGUCUUCUAUUUUGGGUCAUUGAAAAGCAAACCGAGCAGCACACAUUCCUAAUAGUAAGCCUUUUGUGCUGGCAGCAGAUGGAUAACCUAAAAACAGAGAGUACUGGAACCGAGCACAUAUUCCGCAUGUACCCGACGUGUUAUUUGUGUUAUUUUUGGCUAAAAGAAAUCAUUAUCAUGAAAUUUUUGUGCCUACUAUUAGCUGUUCAAACUAAUCACUGGCUGAUUCAGAAAAUUCUCAAUUUUUAGGGCCACACCCAGUGUUUUCGAAAUCGUGAGAAUGCGGAACGGAAAACACGGAAAUUGACUUGUUUUUCUUUUUUUUUUUUAGAAAAAAGAGUUCGUUGAUCGUUUUUUUAGAGAUAACAGAUAACAAGAGACUUGCUGAAAUCCGAUUUUCAGUAAUUUUGUUAUUACAGCUUGCAUAUUUUGCCGAAAAAAAAUAGUAAAAAUUGCAGAAAUGGCACAAAAAUCGCUGGGAGCUCUAUCGAACAACAUCACUUUGGCCGUCUACAUUUUCAUUUUGGUUUUUCAAAUUUUGUGCGCCUCACUCAAUGGAUCGAUUAUUUUCUUUUUUGCCAGGUAACUGCAUUGUAUGUAAUUUGACAAUAUCGGAAGACUUUUUUCAGAUCGAAGUCUCUACGCAGCAACAAAUAUAUGCGUUUAGUGAUCUUCUUGUCAAUCGGCGAUUUCUUUCUAGCUGUCGGAGGUGACGUGACACGUUUUUGCUCACAGUUUUGGAUAAAAACUGUUUCCAGAACUACCGUACAUAAUCUACAUGACGAUGAAUUGGAGUCCUGACAACAUGGACUACGAUCCGAUGUACAUAAUGUUCACGGCUCAGCCGCUGCCCAUUCAGCUCAAGAUUUCGGCCACAAUCACUGUCGGAAUCGCGUUGGGACGGAAUAUUGUAGGUUAGAGUGAACGGGGACACUUUGCAACUGAUGGACGUUGUGCGGCCGACACUUUAAAGGGUGCAAAGAACCUUUUAGUUGCAAAAUGUCCCAUUUCUUUUCUAUUCCAGUGUUUCCGGCGGUUGCAAAACGUCCUCCAGUUGCAUUUCAGGCUCUAUUCUUGCCGUCGAUCUACCGUCGCAUGGACCAGGGCGACUAUUCGAACGGGACCGCCCUAGUGGCCCUUUUCCUGGCCGCCUUUGACAUUUUCCUCUACUGGGCCCUGACCCCAUUGGAACACCACCCGAACUGCGGGACUAUCGGCUGCUUUGUCAGUGAUCAGUUCAGAUACUAUUGGGGAAUUUCGAACAUGGUCGGUGAUGGCUCGAAAACAAGAAAUAAAUAUAUGAUUUUCAGAUUCUUGGGCUCAUGGCCGUGCUCCUUUCGAUCACAAUCUUCGUGAAAAUCCGUAUGGUGCAGGCGAAAAACUCGGACGUCUCACAGAAAGGAUCGAGGCGGUACGCGAAGGCGAAUAGAACAUCCACCGGAAUUCUCAUCUCCUCCCUCCUUUUCCUCACCGUUCCCAGCGUUUGCGUGGGCGUCGUCGAGCUGACCGGAUUCUCCAUUUUCAAAUUGGUCGGACCGUUCUACUCGGCCUGCCUGUUGGUUAGUGGUGAGUUGAAACAAGUAUUGUAGUUUCUGCAAAAUCUUCACAUCUAGUAGUACUUCAUGUUUGUAGUCGACAACUUUUUUCUAGGACCACUCCCUCGAGUACUGUAGCUCUUGGAAGUGGCUUGUGAAAUUUUGUUGUCUUCAACUUUCCUUAUAGGUCCUCAGGACUUUUCUAGAACAUGCAAUAUCAAGGAAAAGUUAGGCAUGACCCCUGAAGAAUGUUCAGCAUUGCAUUACUUCAAAUUCAUGAUUCUACAAUACUCCUAAAGUGUUGAACGUUAUUUUCAGGAGUUAUAAACGCAGUAAUCUUUAUCGUCGGCAAUUGGGACGCAUGUCGUGCAAAAAAUUCAAUGCACAAAGUGUCAACUAUACAAUCCGUUCAGUCUUUUGGAAAAUGA